AUGGAUCCACCUAACGAAUUCCCCGAUGAUUUUUCUUCGUUCCCUCCAAUCCCAUUCGCCCUCUUUGUUCCCCCAGAAAACCCUAACCCCAAUUCAAACGCAGCGCCAAUUCCAAAUACAGUCGAAAACCCUAGCUCAGCUCACCUUCUUUCCUUCUCGGUCCCCAAGAAACGAAGACGAGGCAGGCCUCAUAGGGUUCCGACGUCGUUUCAGUUACCUCCAAUUCCCAACGGCGUUUUCAACAGUAAUAACAACGGUCUUGCUUCUUUUUCCAGUUCAAUUUCAGCUCAUUCCUCCAGAAACAAUAUAGAAAUCCCUGGUUCUUUGGCAAGAACCAUGCCUGAUAUGUCCGACGAGAUCAUCGUGAUCAAUAAGGAGUCCACAGCGGAGGCGCUGAUCGCGCUGUCGGCUGGUUUUCCUGCGGAUUCGCUCACCGAGGAGGAAAUUGAUUUCGGGGUAAUUCGAAUUAUUGGGGGCAUAGAGCAGGUCAAUUACAUUCUCAUUAGGAACCACAUAAUUGCUAAAUGGCGUGAAAAUGUGUCGAAUUGGGUCACAAAAGAUAUAUUUAUUGAUUCUAUACCUAAACAUUGUCAUUCCCUGUUGGAUUCUACUUAUAAAUAUCUGGUUUCGCAUGGUUAUAUUAACUUUGGGGUUGCUCCGGCUAUCAAAGAGAAGAUUCCGGCUGAACCCAGUAAACCACAUGUGAUUGUGAUUGGUGCUGGGCUUGCUGGUCUGGCUGCUGCCAGGCAAAUGAUGCGUUUUGGGUUUAAAGUGACUGUUUUGGAGGGUAGGAAGCGAGCGGGCGGGCGGGUUUAUACUAAGAAAAUGGAGGGAGGAAUUAGGGUAUGUGCAGCGGCGGAUUUAGGGGGGAGUGUUUUGACUGGUACAUUAGGGAACCCACUUGGCAUUGUUGCACGCCAAUUGGGUUAUGUGCUUCAUAAAGUGAGGGAUAGGUGCCCACUUUAUAGUUUUGAUGGGAAGCCUGUAGAUCCUGAUAUGGAUAUGAAGGUGGAAACUGCUUUUAACCAGCUUCUAGAUAAGGCAAGUAGGCUUAGGCAGUUAAUGGGAGGUGUUUCGGUUGACGUGUCUCUUGGUGCAGCAUUGGAAACGUUCUGGCAGGUUUAUGGGGAUGCUGUGAAUGCUGAGGAGAUGAACAUGUUUAAUUGGCAUCUUGCAAAUUUGGAAUAUGCAAAUGCAGGUUUAAUAUCAAAUCUUUCACUUGCAUUUUGGGACCAAGAUGAUCCGUAUGAUAUGGGAGGGGACCAUUGCUUCUUGCCUGGAGGAAAUGGAAGGUUGGUGCAGGCUUUGGCAGAGAAUGUACCGAUCUUAUAUGAGAAAAUUGUGCACACCAUUAGGUAUGGUAGUGAUGGAGUGCAGGUUAUUGCUGGCAGCCAGGUUUUUGAGGGUGAUAUGGCAUUGUGCACUGUUCCACUUGGUGUUUUGAAGAGCGGGUCCAUCAAGUUUAUUCCAGAGUUGCCUCAGAGAAAGCUUGAUGGAAUAAAGAGGUUGGGGUUCGGACUGUUGAAUAAGGUUGCAAUGCUUUUUCCUCAUGUGUUCUGGGGCACAGAUCUUGAUACCUUUGGCCACCUUUCUGAUGAUUCAACCCGUCGAGGGGAGUUCUUCCUGUUUUACAGCUAUGCAACAGUUGCUGGCGGUCCCCUUUUGAUUGCUUUAGUAGCGGGUGAAGCUGCACAUAAGUUUGAGAGCAUGCCCCCUACGGAUGCUGUGACCCGGGUUAUUCAGAUUCUCAAGGGUAUAUAUGAACCACAAGGAAUUAGUGUCCCAGAGCCCAUCCAAACAGUCUGUACCAGAUGGGGAAGCGACCCCUUCAGCCUAGGUUCUUACUCUAAUGUGGCAGUAGGGGCGUCUGGAGAUGAUUAUGAUAUUUUAGCAGAAAGUGUAGGAGAUGGACGGCUUUUCUUUGCAGGUGAGGCUACCAAUCGGAGAUAUCCUGCAACCAUGCAUGGCGCUUUUCUUAGUGGGCUCAGAGAAGCUGCAAAUAUGGCUCACUAUGCUAACGCUCGUGCCCUGAGGAUAAAAAUUAACAGGAACCCAUCAAAGAAUGCCCAUUCUUGUGCUUCCCUUCUUGCGGAUUUAUUUAGGGAGCCUGAUUUAGAAUUUGGGAGUUUUUCUGUUAUCUUUUGUCGAAGGAAUGCUGAUCCUAAGUCGACGGCAAUUUUAAGAGUGACAUUUAAUGAGCCUCGGAAGAAGAGUCAUGACAGUGCAAAACCUGAUCAACAGCAUUCAAAUAAGUUACUUUUUCAGCAGCUUCAGUCACAUUUUAAUCAGCAGCAGCAACUUCAUGUUUACACGUUGUUAUCUAGGCAGCAGGUUCUUGACCUCAGAGAGGUGCGAGGAGGUGAUGAGAUGAGGUUGAAUUACCUCUGUGAAAAGCUGGGAGUGAAGCUGGUGGGGAGAAAAGGAUUGGGGCCUACUGCUGAUUCUGUAAUUGCCUUAAUAAAAGCUGAAAGGGGCAUUCGUAAACCAGCUUCGACUUCAUUGGCUUUAAAGUCUGGGACAUCAAAGCUGAAAGCUGGCACUUUGAAACGAAAACUGGUCAGAAAGGCUAAAAUAAUGCGCCAUGGCAAUGGGUCUGCACCUUCUGCUAAUUCAAACUCAGUGAAUGAUAAAGUGUCAGACGAAACUAAAACCACAAGUCAAGCACCCUCUAACACACUUGGUUCAGGGCAAAAUCAUUCCGACGUGUUGAAGAAUGAGUAG